AGAAUAUAUGCAUGUAGUUGUGUGUUUCAAGAAAAUGUUCUUCCUUUUCAACGCUUCAACUUCUGAUGUCUAGCAUGAUAUAUAUAACUGACUGAUCAUAUCCGUUCCUCUUUUGUAGGCAUACGUUUUGCCAUGGACGUCGACGCCGAUGAGAUACGCGCUUUGGCUUAUCUGAUGGCGUUUAAGACGGCUUGCGUGAAUGCACCGUUUGGUGGUUCCAAGGGUGGCAUACGUAUCGACCCGAAGAAGUAUACUGCACAAGAAUUGCAAACAAUUACGCGUCGCUAUACAAUGGAGCUAUUACGUCGCAAUAUGAUAGGUCCGGGUAUAGAUGUACCGGCACCAGAUGUGAAUACCAGCCAACGUGAGAUGAGUUGGUUGGUGGAUCAAUAUAUUAAAACUUUUGGCUAUAACGAUGUAGAUGCAUUGGCCAUCACGACUGGUAAGCCAGUAGAAAUAGGCGGUAUAAAUGGUCGCAGCGCCGCCACGGGACGUGGUCUAUUUAAGGCGGCUGAAUGUUUUAUUAUGGAUAAAGAUUGGAUGGAUUUAUUAGGCUGGAAGACUGGUUGGAAAGAUAAAACCGUGAUCGUACAAGGGUUUGGCAAUGUCGGUUCCCAUGCAUCCGUUUUUGUAGUGGAAGCCGGUGCCAAACUGAUCGGUGUUCAAGAAUUUGACGUGUCUCUAGUAAAUGAGAAUGGCAUUGAUCCAAAGGACUUAAUGGAGUAUUAUGCAAAAAAUAAUAAAUCAAUCAAGGGCUAUACCAAAGCCACCGAAAAAGAGGGCAGUUUGUUGGGUGAAAAAUGCGAUAUACUAAUGCCUUGCUCUACGCAAAAGGUUCUCACUGUCGAAAAUGCUAACAGUGUACAAGCCAAGAUGAUUUUAGAAGGCGCUAAUGGUCCUUCGACGCCAGCUGCCGAUGAAAUAUUACGUAAAAAGAAUGUACUCAUUAUACCGGAUUUGUUUUGCAAUGCUGGCGGUGUAACGGUAUCCUACUUUGAGUACUUAAAGAAUAUCAAUCAUGUAUCUUAUGGCAAAAUGAAUGUUAAACGCGAGAAAGCCAUAAUCAACGAGAUCUUUAACUCCAUGAAUGAGUGCGAGGAUAAGUUCAAGCCAAACAAAAAGUUAAAGCUCAUAAGAGACUGUACGAAGGAGGCGGAUAUUGUAGACGCAGGACUACAAACAGUUAUGGAAACUGCGGGGGCAGGCAUUAAGAUUGUGGCCAAUGAAUUCGGUCUCUGCAAUGAUUUACGCACCGCUGCCUUUAUUUACUCGAUUUCUAAGAUUUUCCGAGCCUUAGAAAUGGAGGGCAUUUCUCAACAAUAAUUACAGAAUGCGUCUGAAGUCGCUUGGCGAUUAUUUAUUUUUACAAAUUUUACAUUUAUAUAUUUAUAAGAUCCAAAGUGUA